CCCAGCCAGAAGCUGUGAGCCACAUAACAAUGAACAGAACCCAAGCUCCCUCCCUCGCUCGUUGCCGCUCCUCCUCCUCUUCAAUGGCUCUCAAAGUCGCCGGCUUUAGUUUCCCCCCAAAUUCUGCAUUUUCACUCCCUCCAUCUUCUCUGCGUCUCUCUUCUCCAAAUCCUGUCAAAUUCUCUCUCAUUCCCAAAGACAGGCUCGUUGUUUGGUCUUCUCAAGUCCAACAGCAAGGAGAACAGAUCCCCUUUACAGAACGUGAAAACUCUCUCAUUGAUGCCCUUAUUGGCAUCCAAGGACGAGGACGUUCUGCUUCUCCUCAGCAGCUGGAUGCCGUUCAGCGUGCAGUACAAGUCUUAGAAGGUUCAGGCGGGGUGCCCCAUCCGACAAACUCCAGUUUAAUUGAAGGUCGAUGGCAACUAAUGUUCACCACAAGACCAGGAACAGCAUCUCCAAUUCAGAGAACAUUUGUUGGCGUUGACUUUUUUAGCGUCUUUCAAGAGGUUUAUCUUCGGACAAGUGAUCCACGGGUUUCCAAUAUUGUAAAAUUCUCUGAUGCCAUAGGUGAGCUUAAAGUGGAGGCUGCAGCUUCAAUUGAAAAUGGGAAAAGAAUCCUAUUUAGGUUUGAUAAAGCAGCCUUUUCUUUCAAAUUUCUGCCAUUUAAGGUACCAUAUCCAGUCCCAUUUAAGCUACUUGGAGAUGAAGCAAAGGGUUGGUUAGAUACCACAUAUUUGUCCCAUUCAGGAAAUCUCCGUAUCUCAAGAGGAAAUAAGGGAACUACAUUUGUGUUGCAGAAGAAGACUGAACCUAGGCAGAGGUUAUUAUCAGCCAUUUCCUCUGGGCUAGGCGUUGAAGAUGCAAUAGAUGAGCUUAUUUGUUUUAGUCAAACGACUUGCAAUGAUGAACCAGAACUACAAGAAGGAGAGUGGUUGAUGAUAUGGAGUUCACAGAAUGAGACAGAUAGCUGGUUAGAGAAUGCUGCCAAUGGUCUUAUGGGCAAGCAGAGUAUCUGGAAUAAUGGACGGAUAAAGUUUGUGGUCGACAUCUUGCCUGGAUUCAAGUUCUCUAUGAAUGGAAAUCAUAUCAAGUCUGGCUCCAAAAUGUUUGACGUUACAAUGGACGAUGCAGCUAUAAUCGGUGGUCCGUUUGGAUAUCCCGUAGAAAUGGAGACCAAGUUCGUCCUGGAGCUUCUAUAUAACGACGAGAAGAUCAGAAUUAGCCGAGGGUACAAGAAAUUCCUUUUCGUGCAUGUACGCGUAGAUGUAUGAAAUGGUAGUCUAAAUUAAAGAGUUAACUGAAUGUAAUGAUCAUUUUUUUUUUAAUAUUUCCCUAUGGUAUAUAACAAAACUUGCAUUUAAUACUUGAAGAAAAAACCCAUUUCCUCGGGCCAAUUGUAAAUUUUUCGGUUACAUGGGAGGUUCGAUUCUAGAGUUUUAUUGCUAUAAUUCCGUUUGGGGUUUAUUGGAUUUCUUUUGUAAGUUUGCUGUCAUCCUUAUGCAGCAACCCUGGUUUCAUUAAUCUAAUGUCUGAAUGGUUGGAUUAUUUAA